AUGGCGACGCAGACGUUGCACGGCGCCUGCGCGUGUGGUAGGAAUCGAUACGUGGUCGAGAUGCCUUCGCAGCAGAUACAGCAAGCCGAGCUCCGAUACGACAACACGUCGGCGUCACGACACCACUCGGCGAGCCCGUUAGCCCUCUGGCUACGCGUCCCCCUCUCCUGGUAUACGUCGGCGACCUUUGCACAGUUCCCCGACGAGACACGAUCGAGCAUCCAGCGCGCCUUCACCUCGCCCUUUGCGUCCAACACACGCCGCCAGUUCUGCGGAUACUGCGGCACCCAACUCUCAUCGUGGAACGAGCACACGCGGGACGAGGCCGAGCACAUUUGCCUGACCAUUGGCAGUCUGAUGGACGAGGAUCAGGCCUUGUUGGGUGACUUGGGCCUUCUUCCCAGCAGCGAGAGCAGUGACGACGACGCGACUCUCGCAGGCCCGUCGCGGUCAACACAGGCGCGGCCCGCUGCUCGCUCAGAACUUCAGGCGCGCGGGGCCCCCUGGUUUGAGGAGAUUGUGCAGAACACGCGCCUUGGGCGAUUCAAGCAGCAGCGCGGCGGACACUCAGGCAGCGGCGUCCGUGUCGAGUGGGAAGUCAUGGAAUGGACCGAGGCCGAUGAUGCAGACGACGAAGGCGGUCGCGCAACGCCGAGCAAGAGGAAAAUUGGCGAUGUUGACGAUGGAGAUGCAGAGAUGCGAAGCGCCUAA